CCAUUCACAUCAUAUUCUUGAACAUGAAAUAAAAUGAAAUUGGGUGUAGCGUCAUACUCUUCUGAACCAAAUGGGAUUAAUUAAUGAACACGGGUGUACAUCAUACAGUGGGCUGUGAGGGAAAUUUUGCCUGGCCAGCGGCAGUACGGUCUGCUCUUAUUUCGAAUUCCAACUGUCCAGCGUUUUUUCACGUACACGCCAAUGGGAUCUUGGCUUUUAAGUCCCAUCCGAAAGAUUAGACACAGUCCCUUGUCAGACCCUCCGUUCUUCGCCACUGGUGAUGGGGGAAACCUCGCCUGAAAAUCCCGAGGAACUUUCUCGGCCAACACCGGGAGCGAACCCGAGACCUAAUUAGUGAGCCAGCAUCUUGCUUACUGAGCCAGCGCGGCUCGCAUUUUCUUGAACAAUCCGAUGACUUUAAUCUUUACGCUUGGUCAAAGUCGCCUGAUACAAAUGUUGAAGGUGCCGGGCAGUCUCACUUUUCUUCUUUGGCUGGCCAAUGGAAUAUAUAGGCUGUUUCAUCAUUUUAGGUGUGAUUUCACUAAUUCAUGUCUGCUUACUUACCGAUCUUUUCCGCGUCAUUUUUCAUUGAUAUUUAAAUAUCAACCUAACCCCGGCGAAAGUGUACAUUGAUACACAUUUAUUCAAUUCUAAUCUAACAGGUCAAAAACAAUUGUUUUUAAAAGACAGAAUUGCUAUAAAAAUACGAACUAAAAUUACUAGUCUGAGACCCCGUAUACCUGACUUUAUUGAUCAGAGGGAUCAACUGCACGCCUUUUGAAUAGAUCCCCCCCCAUAUAUAUACAUGGCCCCUAUAAUAUCUAUUCAUUUCAUUCCGUAUUUUUAGAUUAGAGCGUGGGCAUCACGAAAUAUUAUGUUCUCUGUUCUGCAUGGAAUGUGAUAUGGUCGUUUUUGUGUUACAACACAUAAGAGUUUCGUAUGUGCAAGGCGAGAACAUCCUGGAUCAAAGUUGAAAUAGAGAGGAAAUGGUUGUAGUUCUGACAUAUGUUUAAAAGGUAAGAUGCAUAUUUUGAUUUAAUCAAGUCAUACACAGGUAACAAAUUUGGGGCAGUUAUAACUUUAAUUAUCACUUAAGGGGAACUUCCAGAUUUCACGGGACACAUGGAAUGAAAUAAAAUGAAAUGGGGGGUUUAUCAUCCUACUUUUCUGAUUCAUUCGUGUGCUCCAGGCAAAUUGUGCCUGGAUGGUUGCGCUACGCAAAACUCUUAUUUCACAUUCUAAUGGACAUGCUUUUUAGUGCAUGGCAUUGAGUUUGAACGGUCCAAUAAUUAUCAUAAAAUAAAUACCAAAUACAAUACAUAAAGCAUGUUAAAUGUAAGGUUACAUAGUAAAAUAUUAAAGAUAUGUCAUGUGACUAGUUAUUAGCUCGCUAACAUGGCCGUCUAAGCUUAGCUCCUGGUGUUGGCCAAAAAGCCCCGAAGGACGUCCUAGCAAGUUUAUCCUUCUCAUUGGAGCAGGGAGCAGUGCCUGUAAGGAACAUCAUCUAGUUGCUCGUAAAAGAACCCACGUAGAAUUAGAAAAAAGAGUAUGCCGUAGAAGAAGAGCUUUCUGGUCAAAAUUUACCCGUAGUGCACAGGAUGACUUUUAUCUAUCCGUUGGAGAUUAACGGGAAACAUCAGAAUAAGGAAACAUAGAAAUUGAUUUUUAUCUAAUAUCUUUUUCCAGAUAGAGCAGGAAGUUUAGGUCGUUAAGAUGGCAAGCACACUGAGAUAUCGUCGUGGCAUCCAUGAUCCUGGUAGAUCUAACCGUGCAAGUCCUGUUGUCACAGGUUUAGGAUAUUUUAUGGACUAUUCUCGUGAUAUUUGGAACCGAUGGAGCUUCGAUUGGUUGUUUUUCUGGCGGUCCUCAGAUGCCGAACCAGUAGAUGCAAUUAGUUAUAUAUAUUACGGACAUGAGCCGCUGGAUGACGAGGACCCAUUUGCCCCGUUCCAGCCACUUCUACCCAUUGUUCCCCUCAGUAAUAAUGAUAAAGAUGAGAUACUUUCAGUACAGAAAAUAAAUUUCCACAUUGAAGAAAACUGUCGCCAUCAUCAUACCAGUGAAUUUGAUAUAACUCAAUCAGAUGAAACACCUAAUCCUCAGCUGGUUGUACGACGUGGACAACCUUUUAACAUCACUGUAAAAUUUAACAGACCUUAUGAUAAAAGCACAGAUGAUCUUCGUCUUGUCUUUCAAGCAGGAAAAGCGCCCAUACAAAGUAAAAAGACCCAUGUUGAGAUAGUGCUAUCGGAGAAGCUGUCAAAUCAAUGGGCUGCAAAUGUUGUUGAACAAGAUGGAAGCACUCUGCGCAUUUCCAUUCUUACUCCGUCAAAUUGUUACAUAGCUAAAUGGAAACUAAAAAUAGAUGUCGUAACAAAAACUGAUAUAAAGACAACUAUCUACAGAUAUAACCACAGGGAUCCUAUUUAUAUCCUGUUUAACCCUUGGUGCAAAGAUGAUACAGUGUAUUUUGGAAAGGACAUAGAACUUGGCGAAUAUAUACUGAAAGAUACAGGUAGAAUCUACAGUGGUACGGCCAACAAUAUAAGUGCUAAACCUUGGAACUUUGGACAGUUUGAAGACCAUGUGCUGGACUGUGCUAUGUAUAUAUUGGAUAGAUCAGAAUUAAAAUGGCCGGUUCGUGGAAACCCAAUUAAUAUAAUAAGACAAUUAACAGCUUUGGUAAAUGCUUCUGAUGAUGGAGGGGUGAUAGUUGGUAAUUGGUCUAGAGAUUUUAAAGAUGGUAAAUCACCUUUAACCUGGACUGGCAGUGCCCCUAUACUACAAGAAUUUUACAUAAAUAAACAACCUGUUAAAUUUGGACAAUGUUGGGUCUUUUCUGGUGUCCUAACAACAGUUUGUCGUGCUCUUGGUAUUCCCGCCAGAUCUGUCACCAACUUUUCGUCUGCUCACGAUACAGAUGGCAGUGUUUCUAUCGACAUCCAUUUUGACACAAACGGUGAAGUUGAUAAGUCUUUAACCGAUGAUAAUAUCUGGAAUUUCCACGUGUGGAAUGAAGUAUGGAUGACUAGACCUGAUUUACCAGAAGGUUAUGGGGGGUGGCAAGCUGUAGAUUCCACACCACAAGAAACAAGUGAUGGUGUAUUUUGCUGUGGUCCAGCCUCUCUUGUGGCUGUUAAAAGAGGAGAAUUGGGUCUACUCUAUGACGUACCGUUUGUAUUUGCUGAAGUUAAUGCUGAUAUAAUCCUCUGGCAUCUACGCGAUGGUUCUAUGAUUAACGAUGACAUCCGCAAAAAUCAUGUCGGUAAGAAAAUCAGCACUAAAUUUCCCCUAUAUGAUCAGAGACAAGACAUUACUAAACUUUAUAAACACGAAGAAGAUUCACAUGAAGAAAGGGCAGCUGUCAUCAAUGCUCACAGACAGUUGGGUGUUGCUGUUAGAAAAUCAACUUAUGAGAUAGGGCCAGAGGAUGUUGAGUUUGAACUAGUAGUACAAGAUGGUGUGUUUGUUGGUGAAGAUUUCGAUGUGGUUCUCCAAGUCACAAAUACAAGUAGUGCAGAUCGGACUGUAGGGGGUCAACUAGCAGCUAAAACUAUGUUUUAUACUGGUGUAGAAGCAAACCGAGUUAAAGCAGAAUUAUUUGAAGAGAUGGUUGAGCCAGGAAAAUCUAUGGAGAAAACAAUGAGAAUUACGUUUGAUGAAUAUCGUUUGAAAUUAAAGGAUAUGUGUAUGUUUAAACUGUCUGCAAUGGUCAAGGUACAAGAUACAAAACAAGUCUUUACACCACAAAAAGUCAUAAAAUUGUGCAAACCAUCUUUAUCAAUAAAGAUUCCCGCCAAGAUCAAGAAGGCGAAAUCAUUUGACGUAGAAGUAUCGUUUACUAAUCCUCUGGGUGAAAGUUUAACUAAUUGUUAUUUGGAAGUUGAAGGACCGGGUCUACAAAAGAGACAACAACAUAGACUCGGAAACGUAGAUCCUCACAAGGCGUUUGAGACCAAGUUUGAGAUGACUUCUAGAAAACUUGGUGAGAGAGAACUAGUUAUAAUAUUUAAUUCAGACCAGCUAGAAGAUAUAAAUUCUACCCAAGUUGUAGAUGUUAUCGAUUAAUUUAUAUAAUACAGUUAAAACCAAUCCUACUGGUAGGCAGAAUACAUAAGUCAUUGGACGAAUUCGAUAAAUGCAAGUUAGAUAAUCUGCUAGGCGCACUUCAAAAAACAAAUACACACAAUAUAUAUGCGAACUUUGAUUGAGAGAAAGAGAGUGAACUUUGAUAAGUUGGCUGCUGACACCCUCUCUCGUCCCAAACCCCUCACACACACGUAACCGUACCUUCCUAACUCGAAAUUAUAUGCUUGCUAUGGAUUAACCCGAGAAAAACACACGGCGUAGAAGCAUACCCGGGUGUUUUCUUCAGAGAGAGAGAAAGAGAGAGAGAGAGAGAGCGAGAUUUUGCCUGUUUACCAUUUUGGGACUCACAUAAGGAACAACUGCAUAUGGGUCUUUGAGCAGUGAGAGCAAACCAGAGGAUAUGGCACAAGCCUGGGAUCAAAACCACGCAGCUCGACUCAACGACAGAUCUUAUGAUCUACAGAACUGUUUGGUUAAAUGUAGUGUCGUUUUCAUUUUAUCCUGGCUUUAGCAUAUCGGUUCCAAGGCGUACUUUUUAUGGAAUAAUCUACCAUUUAGUUUAAGAUGUUGUACAUCUCUAUAUUCUUUUAAAAAACAACUUAAAACACAUUUAUUUAACCAGGCUUUUAACUGAAUCUGUAUACAAUCGUUAACAUGUCCAUAAUCUUGUUGUUUUUUUAUGAUCCCAUUGUCACUUUGUAAAGUGCCCCUGAACAUGUUAUAUGAAAGGGCGCACUAUAAAUAUGCUGUAAUAAUAAUAAUAAUAAUAACAAUAAUACUUAUCAUAUGACCAAUUACAAGACAGUAUCCAAUAAAUGUUAUUUCGAAAGGAUUCUAGAAAAUCACCCGAUCAAACAAAUUUCGCAUAAUUAUUUUUUCAUUGUUUAUAAUUUUAUAAAUAUUGUUUUGACAGUAUGAACUAUUUUGUAAAUUAUAUUCAAAUGUUUAAUUGUGAGAUCUUAAUAAAGAUUAUUAUUAUUAUUAUAAAUAUAUGGUCUGUUAAUUAA